CUCCAAAUUUCACGCACCGGCAGGCGCAAAAGACGUACUGAGUCCGUUUCAAAAAUAGGUCCGUCGAGAACUUGUGCCCAGGAAUAAAGGAUCCUGCGUGUUUCUCCUAACUGCCCGGCUGGAAAGGCACCAUCGGAGGCCACCGGUUCUGGUCGCUGAGAACCCCCGCCCUGCUGCGGCCGGGUCUGUUAGGACCGGGCGAAGAAAGAAGCAAAGAGGAGCGGGUUUUUUUCCUGAGGCGGAGCGGUGACAGCAACGCACCGGAAGCGAGACUGCCAGCGGACCGGAGCAGCGGCGGCGACGUGUCGUCGGUGAGGCGGUGGGAGCACUUCCCCCCAGAGUUCUGGGCGAGGAAGGCGGCAGCCAGGGUCCUCCUCACGUACCCCUCGGGGCCCAGCAGGCCUAGCAGCGUGGGGCGGCGGCGACGGCGAAGGCCGGGGCUGGGAGCGUUGGCGGCCGGCGUCCCAGCCAUGGCCGGGUCUGUGGAGCGGCUGCAGCAGCGGGUUGAGGAGCUGGAGCGGGAACUGGCACAGGAGAGGAGUCGGCGGGCUUUGGGGGGCGGCGACGGAGGCGGCGGCCGGGUCCGCAUCGAGAAAAUGAGCCCGGAGGUGGUGGACUCGAACCCCUACAGCCGCCUGAUGGCAUUGAAACGAAUGGGAAUUGUAAGCGACUAUGAGAAAAUCCGUACCUUUGCUAUAGCAAUAGUAGGUGUUGGUGGAGUUGGUAGUGUGACUGCUGAAAUGCUGACAAGAUGUGGCAUUGGUAAGUUGCUACUGUUUGACUAUGACAAGGUGGAACUGGCCAAUAUGAAUAGACUUUUCUUCCAACCUCACCAAGCAGGAUUAAGUAAAGUUCAAGCAGCAGAAUAUACUUUGAGGAACAUUAAUCCAGAUGUUCUUUUUGAAGUACACAACUACAAUAUAACCACAGUAGAAAACUUCCAACAUUUCAUGGACAGAAUAAGUAAUGGUGGAUUAGAAGAGGGAAAACCCGUUGACCUAGUUCUUAGCUGUGUGGACAACUUUGAAGCUCGAAUGACAAUAAAUACAGCUUGUAAUGAACUUGGGCAAACAUGGAUGGAGUCUGGGGUCAGUGAAAAUGCAGUUUCAGGGCAUAUACAGCUCAUCAUUCCUGGAGAAUCUGCUUGUUUUGCGUGUGCUCCCCCACUUGUAGUUGCUGCAAAUAUUGAUGAAAAGACUCUGAAACGAGAAGGUGUUUGUGCAGCCAGUCUUCCUACCACCAUGGGAGUGGUUGCUGGGAUGUUGGUACAAAACGUGUUAAAGUUUCUGUUAAAUUUUGGUACUGUUAGUUUUUACCUUGGAUAUAAUGCAAUGCAGGAUUUUUUCCCUACUAUGUCCAUGAAGCCAAAUCCCCAGUGUGAUGACAGAAACUGCAGGAAGCAACAGGAAGAAUACAAGAAAAAGGUAGCAGCACUGCCCAAACAGGAAGUGAUUCAAGAAGAGGAAGAGAUAAUACAUGAAGACAAUGAGUGGGGUAUUGAGUUGGUGUCUGAGGUUUCAGAAGAGGAACUGAAAAAUUGUUCAGGUCCAGUUCCUGAUUUACCUGAAGGAAUUACAGUGGCAUAUACAAUUCCUGAAAAGAAAGAAGAUUCUGUAGCUGAGGUAACUGUGGAAGAUUCUGGUGAAAGCUUGGAAGACCUCAUGGCCAAGAUGAAGAAUAUGUAGAUAAUGGACUGACCUAUAUUUUAUUUCCUGAGUUUAAUUCAGUUUCCUUGGAAUUAAAAAAAAUCAUUUAAAAACUGACAAAGCUUAGGGCAACAUUAAUUGAAAUGUAAUCUUCACAGAAUUGUUAACACUUUUUUGAAAGUACUGUAUUGCUUAUCACUUUCUCCCUUCAACGAAAUCAGUAACUCCUAAAACUCCUGUUUCAUUCCAGUUAAGAAACUUGAAAACUUAGCCACUGAAAUAUUUUGGCUUUUCAGGAGGGUGGGAAGAAGGGACCAAUAAUACACUAUAUUUCUUUUCUUUGCAUUAAUCCUUUGUGGUCUGUUGUCUGAGGCCAUGGACAAUAAAGUAGUAUGUGGCUCUCAAAUAUCGGGAAAGGGCAGGAGGUUCAAUGCACUGAUUAGAGCUAGCAGGCAUCCCCUCGUUGUGUUUAGAAUCACUCUCUACAAGAAAACCAUCUACCACCAUUAACUUGGUCAACAGCGAAUUUAAAAUAACCUAUAAAAUAAAAAUAUCCUCUCAAAUGUUACCUGAUGAAAUACAAGCUGAAAUGUAGUCAUUGGAAAAGUUUGUAAACCUGUAAGUUAUAUAUUAAAAAUAAGACAAAGGCAAAUAAAA